AUGAUUCAGAUUGAUGAAGCGGGGCUUAAUUUUAAAAUCAAAAGCCACAUAGAAAGAGCACCAUUAAAUAAAACAGAUGCUUUGUGUAUAGUUGAGGUGGAGACGGCAAUAUCUAUGGCAUUCGCUUGUGUUAUUGAAAACAAAAAGGCGAGUACAAUCAUACCUAUAAUUUGUGAUAAUGUCGAAAAUGGUAGUAUUAUAUACACUGAUGAACAUAGGUCAUAUAGUUCUUUAAAUAAUCUGGGUUUUUUUCAUGGCAUUGUUUGUCAUAAAUACGAGUUUGUUAAUUCUGAAUCUGGUGUAAACACUCAAGCAGUCGAAUCUUUUAAUAAUGAAUUAAAUUUAUCUAUAAAACGUAGUAAAGGUGUUAUAACAUGUAAACGUCCUGGGUUCUUAAGGGAAUUUUGCUGGAAGUUCAAUAAUAAAGAAAUGCGGUUUUUAAAAAUAUGGCAUUUAUUAAAGAUCAAUUACUUUAAAUAA